AUGGUUGCCUUAAUCAAAUUCGGCAUAAGUCUUUUCACCGCAAGUCGACUACCUUUGCAAAGUCGCGGUGGAUUCAAAUUGCACAAUAUCACAAUAACUGAAUAUGUGGUGGAAAUUCUCAAUAAUGUUUGGGAAAAAAUUUUCAAUAAGCUAAUUGAGAGUUUACAAAUCGCCAAACUCGUUGUUCUGAGGGAGGACAUUGAUUACUUUAAAUCUAGUGAUGUACCAUACCGUUGCGACAAAUGCAGAGCUAUUUGGCGUUCAUCGAUGAUUGCGGCUCCAUCUAACUUAAUCAGCAACAACAAUGAACAACAACGUGCCAACGAAAGUAAUUCCAAAACACAACAAACAUCAAGUGUAGGAAUAGCUUCACCACCACCAAGUCCUAGUGAGAGUGAAGAGUUCUCUCUACGUGUGUAUUUUUUCUGGAGUGCCAAUAUCUUGCCACUUUUCAAGAAACAAGCAGCUAAUGAUCUGGGUAACUAUAGGCCUAUAUCACUCUUGCCCCCGAUAACAAAACGGAGAAGAACUUCUUUGGGCCGUUAUACACGUAAUUCUGCAGGCAUGCGGAAUGCAAGAACCCAAAGAACAGAAGAACAAACCCAACAAGAUAAUACUAAUGCGCGUGUGGGAAUGGCGCGAUUGCGUCAAGCUGAACCAGAGGAUGAACGAGCUGGACGAAAUGAACAAAGAAGAUUAGAACAAAUGCAAGCGCGUCGUUUGACAGUUAGCAGAAGCAGAGCAAGUGACCAGCAGCGUCAAGAGGUACAUCGAUCAUUUACAUAUAAUUCAUUUCUGCGUCUAGCAUUCGAGUAUGACCCUGCUAUUCAAUAUUAUGCUCAUUUAAAAGUGGUAAUUGGAGCUAUGGACAAGGAAUGUCCGCAUUGUAAAGCUCUUAAGUUUAAAAAUGAGACACCCGGCAUGUGUUGUUCAUCAGGAAAGGUCCAAUUACCUGCAAUUGAGACACCACCGGAACCAUUGAACGGUUUACUUAUCGGCACAGAUCCAGAUUCUAAUCUUUUCCUAAAGUCAAUUCGAAAAUUUAAUUCGUGUUUCCAAAUGACAUCGUUCGGAGCAACAGAAAUAGUUAAGAAUAUUCCUAUCAACAAUGGUCAACAAUUCAAUUCAACAUUCAAAAUCAAAGGCCAAAUAUAUCACAAAAUGGGCUCAUUGCUGCCAAUGCCGAACGAAGCAUCUAAAUUUUUACAAAUUUACUUUAUGGGCGGAGAAAAUGAACGUGUGGAUGCACGUUGUGGCUAUAAUAACCUCGACUCGCAUUUUGCCAGACGCAUCGUCAGCGACCUGGAUGCUCUAUUGAAUGAGCAUAAUGAAUUGUUGAAAAUAUUCAAAUCUCACAUGCACAAUUUACAAAGUGAUAAUCACGCUAUUGUCAUCAGUCCUGAUAAAUCACCUGUUGGAGAGCAUAUUCGUAGAUUUAAUGCACCUGUUCUUGACGAUGUUGCUGGAAUCAUGGUUGGCGACCGUACAACUACGCGAGAAAUCGUGAUUCGUAGAAGAAAUAAUAAUCUACAGUUUAUUGCUGAUACACACCGUUUAUAUGAUGCUCUCCAAUAUCCGCUAAUAUUUUGGAAGGGACAGGAUGGGUAUUGCAUAAAUAUCAAACAACGAGAUCCCACAACAGGUGCCGAAACAAACAAGAAUGUCAGCUCGAAGGAUUUUUAUGCGUAUCAGUUGAUGAUUAGACGCGACCAGAGCAACGUUAUUCUACGAUGUCGUGAGCUUUGUCAGCAAUUCAUGGUCGACAUGUAUGUAAAGAUAGAGAGCAAACGAUUACGAUACUUGAGAUUUAAUCAACAAAAGUUGCGUGUGGAAGAAUAUAUUCACCUACGAGACGCUAUCAUCACCAACGCCGACGCCGCUCAAAUCGGUAACUCUGUCAUUCUACCAUCUUCAUACAAAGGCAGUCCACGCCAUAUGCAAGAAUAUGUCCAGGAUGCUCUGACUUAUGUACGCGAAUAUGGGCGGCCGUGUUUAUUUAUCACGUUCACGUGUAAUCCAAAAUGGUCGGAGAUUACAUCUUUACUAUUGCCUGGCCAAAAUGCAAUACAUCGCCAUGACAUUACAGCACGUGUAUUCAGACAAAAAUUGAAGUCUUUGAUAAAUUUCAUUACAAAAUUACAUGUAUUCGGUCCCACACGUUGCUGGAUGUAUAGCGUUGAAUGGCAAAAGCGGGGAUUACCUCAUGCUCACAUUUUGGUUUGGUUAGUCGAUAAAAUACGUCCUGUGGAAAUCGACAGUAUAAUUUCUGCGGAAAUUCCUGAUCCAACUACUGAUCAAAUGUUGUUUGAUAUUGUUACAACAAACAUGAUUCAUGGCCCAUGCGGGAAUCUUAAUCGUUCAUCACCUUGCAUGGCAGACGGAAAGUGUACUAAAAGUUUUCCGAAAAAUUUCACUAACGAUACAAUCACAAAUGUUGAUGGAUAUCCAACUUAUCCCGACAAUUGCGGACAAUCAUUUGUUAAAAAUAUUAACAGCGUAGACAUUGACAUUGAUAACCGUUGGGUGGUCCCAUAUUCGCCUCUGCUGAGUAAAACAUUCAAUGCUCAUAUUAAUGUUGAGUUCUGCAGUUCAGUGAAGAGCAUCAAAUACAUUUGCAAGUAUGUGAAUAAAGGCAGUGAUAUGGCUGUUUUUCGGGUUGAAAAUACCAAUUUGAAUGCUCCUCCGGUUAACAAAGAUGACGAAAUAACACUUUAUCAAAUUGGCCGGUACGUCAGCUCCAAUGAAGCUGUUUGGCGUAUCUUUGGUUUCCCAAUUCAUGAACGGGAUCCAGCAGUUACUCAUUUAGCCGUCCAUCUUGAAAACGGCCAGCGCGUAUAUUUCACGAGCGAGACAGCGUUUGAUUGUGCUAUUAGUCCACCAAAAACUACACUCACUGAAUUUUUUGAAUUGUGUAAUCGUGCGGAUGCUUUUGGUGCUUUCACACGGACAUUACUCUAUUCAGAAGUACCACGCUAUUUCACAUGGGCUGCUACAAAAAAAUGGAUGCCUCGCAAGCAAGGUACGCCAAUUGAUGCAUGUCCCGGUUUAUUCAAAUCAAAUACCUUGGGGCGAGUAUUUACAGUCAAUCCAAAGCAGACUGAGUGCUUCUAUCUUCGACUGUUAUUGGUUAAUAUCACCGGCCCAUUAUCAUUUGAACAUAUACGUAAAGUGAAUGGACAACAGUAUCCAACGUAUAAAGAUGCAUGCCUUGCACUCGGCUUGCUGGAAGACGACAACCAAUGGGAAUGUGUACUUACUGAAGCAGGAUUGAACUGUACAGCUAAACAAAUUCGCUUACUAUUUGCUAUAGUGCUGACUACAUGUUUCCCGGCCAGAGCAGAGACAUUAUGGGAUAAUCACAAAGAUUCAAUGACUGAUGAUAUAUUGCAUCAACAUCGUACACGAAAACCAACAACUGGUCACACUGCCACCAAUAAGCCAUUACGUUUGACUCAGCCAGCUCCGGAAACCAAUGAAUGCUUUUUACUAAACUAUUGA